AUGAGUGAAGCGGAUACACGCACAGCCCUCGCAGAAUACGGGCGACAACUGGAGGCAUUGGCUUCGGAUAAUGCGGAUCGGUCUCUCGUUGUGCUCAGCGAGCUCGCCAAGCAACCCAUCAGCGUCACCUUGCUCUCCGACACGGGCAUCGGCAAGAUUGUCAACAACUUUGGUAAGCGCGCGACGAACGCAGCCGUGCAAGCGGAAGCCAAGCGCGUUGUCGCGUUGUGGAAGACGGCGUGCAAUGCCGAGGGCGCUGCUGCUCCUGCCACUCCUACUCCUGUUCCUGCUGGCUUUGCAAGCCAGACUCAGAACGCACCGACGCCGACCGUGUCGCGGGCGGAGAGCUCAGGUAGUGCGCCUGCCGAGCCAGCCCGUCGAUCGUCCGUCAACUCGAACGCCAUCUCAACGCUCGUGCACACCGGUGACGCUCAUCGAGACAGCUGCAUUAAAGCACUGGCAAAGGCGCUUGAUCCCACCGUGACGGACGAGACGCAAAUCUCAGAGUACUUUGUGUCAUUGGCGCAGAGCAUCGAAGCCAGCAUAUACAAGCUGCACAAUAGCGAAGUGUCGCCAAAGUACAAGACUGCCGUGCGAAGCAAAAUGUUCAACUUGAAACAGAACGAAGACUUUCGAAAGGCCGUCCUCAACGGUUCGAUCCCACCAGAGAAGGUUGCUGUCAUGACUUCCGAGGAGAUGGCAACCAAGGAGCUGAACGCAGAACGCAAAAAGUUAACGACAGAGGCCAUGAACGACGCGCAGAUGCCUGCACCAAAGAUGUCCAAGACGGAUCAGCUCCGAUGUGGCAAGUGUGGCAAACGCGAUGCCUCCUAUUUCCAGUUGCAAACCCGCAGCUCCGAUGAACCCAUGACAACUUUCGUGACCUGCAACGUCUGCGGUCACAACUGGAAGGAUGACGACAGUGACUGCCGAGCUGGAGGCUCGAAUCCCGCGACCUCGACGCUCGGAUCGAGAAACUCAAGGCUGACGCAGCGGCGCUUUUCCAUCGCCGCCGCGAAGAUGAUGCAGAAAAUCUGGGGUACUGCCCUCGUCGAGCACCUUUCCAGCGAAUUCGAAUACAAACUCCACACUCUGCUGAUCACGGCGGCCAGAAUCAGGGCUGAAGAAAAGUACCUUCGGGCAGUCGAAGGUUCACACGUGUUUCCUGCCACUCUCCCCGACAUGCCUACGAUCAUGUACUGCGAUCCUACGCCCAUCGCUGCAAAACACCACGACCCUGCCGACUACACGAACAGAACAGAACAGCGCAUACUCGUUGUCCCGAAACUGUCUCCAGCUUAA